CAUUCUUCAGCCUCUGCCUACUACAAAAUAUGCUGCUCCCUAGAGACCUCCCUUUGCUCCUCUUCCUGGGCACUGUGAGUGGAUUCCGCCCCAACCAUGAAUCAGGGGGCAUUUCUCCAGAUGACUUCACUGAUAAAAGCAUCACGGAAAUGGGGGUGCUGCGGGCCGUUGCCUGGUACAUGGAAAGGCACCCUAUCCCUGGAAAACCUAUGAUGAGACCAGGAGAGCUAGAAAAUAUGAAGCCACUGACUGCAACCAAACUAUUCAAGGGUUAUUACAAAGAGGAUGUAUCUCCCGCUCGAUUCCUCAAAGCCCUGCAGGAAAUUAUUGAUGGAAAUAAUCAAGUGGAGGUCCACCAUGCAGGAGACAGUAGCUACUUCUUCCACUGUGAAGAGAUUACCAAAAGUGUUGCCCAGCUUCGAGCCCUGCGGAAAUCUAUGCUCUCCAGCUUGAAAAAAAAUGCUUUGGAAGCAGCACGGAUUAGUGCCGGAAAAGCUCUCCAUGUGCUCCAAAAAUUCUACAGCAACACCAACUGGGUUGAACUAGGAGAAACCGAGCCUUAUGAAUUCCUGAUAAAUGAAGAGAGUGAUGCCUACCCUAUUGCAUCUCCCUCUGAGGCAACCUGUGAUGACUGCUUCACACAAAUACUUGGCCGGUACUCAUGCAGAGACAACAUCCUAGUGCACAACCAGCUCACAAGCGGGUACAAGAUAACAGCAACAUGCAAGAGCAAGCCAAGAGGCAAAUGUGGACACGGUGGGAAAGAUGAUGUGACCCAAAAUCAGCCUCCCACUGGAGGCAUCAACAAAGAGACCUCUAGUGCCCUGUUCUCCCCACACCAUUACUUGCAUCAGAAAGCAGCGGAACUCGCCAUUCUAGCCACAAGGAAUUUCUUUGUAAGUGAUGAAGCGAGUCUUCUGUACCAGUUGGAGGACCGCAAAAUGUUUCAGAGGUUUUUCAGUUUGGAAGGCUAUUCCCUCACCUUCUCAAUCGACACAACUGGCAGUAUGAAUGAUGAUAUCGAAGCUGUCAAAACCACUUGCCUCAACAUCAUCAAAAAACAUGAGAGCACUCCUGACAAGCCUUUCAACUAUAUUCUUGUGCCCUUCAAUGAUCCAGAUGUUGGCCCAUCCCAAUUAACCAACAAUACGGAUGAGUUCAAGUCCUACAUCUCUGCCCUCAAAGUUAGUGGUGGUGACGACUGCCCAGAGAUGUCUUUAUCCGGUCUGAAAUUGGCUGUGCAGGAGAGUUUACUAAGAUCCCAGAUCUAUAUUUUUACGGACGCUAGUGCUAAGGAUGAAAGCAUAAAGAAUGAAGUCAUGCUCCUGCUGAAGGAGAAAUCAUCUGUGGCAAACUUCAUCCUCACAGGAGAAUGUUCCAGACGGAAACGCCGCAGUACUGCUUCCGGAAGAAGAUACGCGAACGUCUAUGAAGAACUAGCUGCUUAUUCCGGUGGGCAAUACGUAAAAACCACCAAAAACGAGCUCCACAAGGUCCUGGGCAUACUGGAACUCUCCCUGAAUGCUGCCCCUGUUAAGGUGGCCCGUGGUCGUCUGCAUGGGACUCGGUUCACCUUCCCUGUGGAUGAGACUCUGAAAGAAAUAACUGUGUCAGUCAAGAGCUUGGGGUUCUACGGAUUCAGAGUUACUGUGCUGCAGCCUUCAGGUGCACCACCAACAUCUGCUUACAGUUUGGUCAACACGGUCAACCACAAGGUUGUGAAGGUGCCUUCUAUUGAAGAGAGGGGCGAGUGGUCUGUGAGUCUCUCUCCCAGUGGCUCCUAUGAGGUGGAAAUUGGAGGCAAGAGCUUGCUGGACUUUUCCUACCAGAUUAUGCAGAAGCAGAAAGAGUACAUGCUUCCGGUCCAGGGACAACCUGUAAAAGGAACAAACUAUACUGUCUCCAUGAGGCUAAUGGGAGAUGCUGAAGGUGCCCAGAUCCAGCGUCUAGUCUCUGUUUCUGGAACAGGGACCCCCAUAGAAUCCCUCUCUUUGAAUCAAACAUCUGAUGCCAUCGGAAAUGUCUUAGCUGUUACCUCUGUUCCCUUUAGUGCUCCGACUACCCUGCUGAAGAUGGAAGGCCUGUCUCCAGAAAAUCUGCCCUUUUCACGGAUCAGCUCAGAUCCCAUCAACACAGAGUCUGUACAGAUUUUGUCUUUGCCAGACCAAAAGAGCACAGUGUCACCCGGAGAGAACCUGGACCUCUCUGUUCUGGUGGUGAAUGAUGGGGCAGCUGCAUCCUUCUCUUUUAAUGUCUGGGAUGACCUGGGUCUCCUGAGGGGUUUUACACCGACUAGGAGUUAUCUAAAUCCAGGUGGAAACAUCACCCUCACGGCAACCUUUGUGGCAGCUGCAGAUAAUAGCAAUUUUACCUCCAGCAUUGCAACAUUCACCGCUAAAAGCUCUGCAGCACAGAACUACCUGAAACUGCCCAUCACCAUGGUUCCUGAAACAGCGACUGACAAAAUCCCCCCCGUCUACACCAUUAUAGAAUCACGUUGGCCUUGUAUAGGUGACAUUCUGAAGGAACCAAGUUGUUCUCGGUCUACUUGGCGCAUGACAUUUUCUGCUAAAGAUGAACACAGUGCUGUCACUAUCCAGACCAACACAAAUCCCACUGGUCUGUCAUGCACCCCACUGGAAGAUGACGACAGGGAGGUCAUCUGUGACUAUAAGUCAAACUGCUGUUCUCCUUCUGCAGAGUUCCUGAUCAGUGAUGAGAAUGGAAACACAAACACUUUCACUAUACCUCAACCAAGAUGAAGUUCAACAGAUACAAAUGUAAAGUCCGAUGUUUGGUUGAGCUGCAUCAAAUCACAUCUCUGGUUUUGUAAUGCCAUAUGUACUAGCAAGAAGAUAUUAUACAGAACCUGAACUGACAAAUGGUAACCUGACCACAUCUGCCUUCUCCAUUACACUCAGAGCCAAAUAAAACAAAUUUUAGAAAGUGA